AUGUGUGACUCAGUUUACACAACGCCACAGUCAGUGACGUCAAAGAAAACUCCGCGGAGAAGGGCUCUGUCGCCUUGUAAACCAGGAAGAUAUUCAUCGCCUUAUCAGGUGGUGGAUCUGAACAAUGAGACAACUGAAGAACUGAAAAAACGGCUUCUAGAACAGGAGCAGCUCAUCAAAGAUAUUCGAGAAGAUCGAGACACGCUCCAAACCAAAUUAAUCGAUAAAGCCGGAUUAAAUGAAAGUGCAGUGGUUGAGCACAGUAUCCGAGUAUCCACACAAGAGACGAAAAUCUAUUCUCGAGACAUUGAAGUGUUGGAGAAGGUCUUGGCACUGAAGCAGAAGGAAAUCCGCGAGCUCCAAGACAAAUGCAGAUCACUGGAACAGGAGAAUCAACGGAUGGUGGAGACGAUCAAAACAGGAUCAGAUGAUCAAAAAGAGAUCGAAGAGGAGCUGAAUUUGUUAAGAAAACGAGUUCUCGAUCUGGAAAAAGAGAAUGUGUUCAAGUCGGAAGAAAUCUAUCAAAAGAACGAUGAGCUGCAAAAAAUGAUGGAUAAAUUGAGAAAUUUGAGUGAGGAAUACAAUCGAACGAUGGCCGAAAUGGCAAGUGGAAAACGGAUGUUGGAGGAGAAGCUAGAUAAGUAUAGAAGUCGUCUGAAGGAGAGCGAUCGAAAGAGUCUAGAAGAUCAUAAGGAGAAGGAGAACACUCAAAAAGUGCUCAGCGAAGUUAAGCAGCUUCGAAGUCAGAUCGAUUUCUUGACGCCAGUUCGAAAAGAUUCAAGAUUGAAGAAAGAGAACGAUGAAAUGUUGGAGUUUUCUGCGAAACUGAUCAAAGAGACAAUGAGCGAGCUGAAGAGUAAAAAUGCAAAGUUGGAGGAGGAUUUGGCGGAGAAAAAUGAGUUGGUGAAGAGGACAAAGGAGGAGUUGGAAGCCUUGAAGAAGUCAAUGGACGCGGCGAUGGGAGAUUCGGAUACAGCUACCAAGUUUUUGCAAGAGGAGAAUAUGAGGGUUAGUAAAUCGGGGAGAAUCAUAGUUUUGGUACCAAAACCGUCUGAAUAUCUCGUUUUAGAGACAAUUUAUCAGCCGGGCCGCCAUCUGCCCAGGCCGCCCCGCUUGCAACUAACCCGCCAAAAAGCCGAUAUCCGAUGUGAUCUCAUCGACGCUCGUCGCCAACUCACUACCUUUGAUCAGAAGAAGGCAGAACUUGAAAAACAGAGAGAUGACGCGUUGGAAGAGGCGAAGAGGAUCUCAGAGCUCAAGAAACGAGUCGAGCAAGAACUUGAAGAGCUCACGAUCCUUCCCACGCAACGAGAGCAACAAAUCGAGGAGCUCCAAACGCGGAUCGCUGGCCUAGAAGUCAUCAAAAGAGAACAUGAUUCUGUUAAAAACGAGCUUUCGAAGACCAACGAGAAGUUGAAUCAAAUGGGACGGCAUUUGGAAAUGGCCGACAAACAGUGUACUCAUUUCAAAUCGCUCAAAGAGACAGCAGAAGGAUCCAGAAGACGUGCCAUCGAGCAGUGCAACGAGAUGGUUGUGAGGAUUCGGGGACUCGAGGCAUCGCUGGAGAAUCAACGGAAAGUCGAGCAAGAGUUGGAAACGUUGAGAGCGGAGAAUUCUCGUCAAGUUCAGAAGAUUGAAUACUUGAAGGAGGAGAUUCAAGAGGUUCAUAAGGAUUAUCGCCAAGAGUUGACGACGUUGUCUAGACAGAAGAGUGAGGAGAGGAGGAACGAGGAAGACGUGGAACUGUUGAAAUUGACACUUUCAAAGCGAGAAAGUGAGCUGAGAAGUGCCAGAAAGACAAUCGAGGAGGUCAAAGCGGAUAACCUCAAAGUUCAACAAAUUCUGGAUGAGGUCAGAAGACAGCAAGAUAAGAUCCUGGAAGAGAACGUACGUCUUCGACAAGGAAUCACGGAGGCGUUGGAGAAAAUUCAGAAGCAUAAGCAGAAUUGGGAGAAUUCGCAGGACAAAUGCAAGCGGUUGGAGAGAGAAAAUGCGGAUUUCGAGGCUAAAGUGAACAAGCUGGAGGAGGAACUUUUAGAGAAGAAUCAGCAGGUGACGGAAUCGGAAGAGACUGUCGCUUAUUUGCAUACACAAAUCAAUGCGAAACAGAAUAAGCAGCCAAAGUUGGGCAGAAGAAGCACGCUGUUGAGUACGGUCUCCGAAAUGGAUACUACGGUUUAUUCGUCAUUGCAGAAACGCGAAGCCGAAGAGAUGCUCGCUCUCGAAGAGGAACGCCAAAAGCUGAUGGGAGAUCUCGCUGAGAAACGACGUAUCUUGGCUGACUCGAAGCGAUCUCAAUCCACUGCCAACACCACAGUGGUAACCACCACCACCACGACAACAGAAGUCUCCAAAUCAGCCAGCGAACUGACCCAACGUCCAGGAACAAUGCGCCAUGACAUCCCUCACAAAUGGAAUGACACUCGUCACUAUGGAGUGCUCUCCAUCAAAUGCUCUCUAUGCUUUGUUGGCAUCGCCUGUCUGGGAAAGAUGAGGAUCUGCCGACACUGUGGAAUCCAGGUGCAUGCUGCUUGUGCGCCACGUGUCAACAACACAUGCGGAAUGCCUGUCCAAUGUGCCACAUAUUACCAGGAGAAUCAAACGACGGUGUCUGAUGUUCCAGAAGGACGUAUGAAUGGAUGGUUGAGAGUCUAUCAGGAUGAUAUGCCGGGAUCCACAUGGAUCGCAUCGUGGGCCAGAAUGGAUUUGACUCGAAUCGCAUUCUACAACAAUGAUGGAGCCGACAUGGACAAACCAUUCCUCUGGAUUGAUUUGAAUCAGGAACAAUGGGUUCUACGUACGGGACAAGAGAUGCCAGUGGAUUGUGAUGACUCGAUGAGAGCUAACAGUGCUCUAAUGAUCAAAAUGCCACGUAAAUCCCUGUAUAUUCUCGCACCAUCACAAAAAGCUGCUGGAAGAUGGGCGGCUUGUCUUCAGACAGCUCAACGGAAGAGGAUGAUGCUCAACUCGAAGCCAGCGUCGAUUGCAGAGUUCAGCUGUUUGUUGGUGUUGAACUCGCCGAACAAUUUGAGAAUUUAUAAGGCUGUGACCAUCGAAGACUGGAUUCUCUUCGCCACUCAAACUGGUCUCUUCUUCACCAGCAUCUCUCAACCCAGAAGCCCAAUUCGAAUCUCUGGAGUCAUGUCUGUCACCUCUUUGGAAAUCAUGUCGGAAAUCAACUGCAUCGCAAUGGUGGUCAAUCAGAAACGUCAGCUGGCUCUGAUCCCAAUGGAUUCGCUAACACUGGCCAUGCAAAGCACUCAGCCAUCGAUUCGUCCGGAGAUUCUACCAGAGCUCAAAAAUGUGCACACUGUCAGAUACCAUCAGCAAUCGUCGGGACAAAGAUAUCUUCUUUUUUCGGAUGAUACACACCUUCAUAUUCGGAAGUACAGCUCCACGAAGGAUGUGUUCAGCAGUUUCAUUAAACUCGACGUCCCGGAACCAGUAUCUUUCGUCGAAAGCACCCCCAACGGAAUCAUCUUCGCUUCUGACACAUUUUACUACGUUCCACUAGACUCCACUCAGCCAACUCCACGGCGUCUGAUGCCGCCACGUCCAGCUGAUUACCCAGUCUCCGCGUUCCUCAUCUCUCAAAACGAGGUUCUUCUCGCCUAUCAAAACCACGGAAUCUUCGUGAAUCUUCAUGGAGAACCAACUCGAUUGAUGACAAUUGAAUGGGAGAAGAUGCCAAUGGAGUUCACCUACACGGCGCCAUUCCUCUAUGUGGUUCAUGACGAUUCGAUUGAGAUUCUGGAAGUUUCGGAGAACCGCGAAGAGACGAUUAUUGAUGAGCGAGAGCUUUUCGAAUGCUCCAAUGCGCACAUCAUUGGACGGCAAUAUCAAGGAGUGCUCAUAUCGGUGUCGUCCAGUGAAUCCACAGAAGUUCAUCGAUUCUCGACGUCAUCGGGGCAUCGUCAGAAGAAUCCUAAGAGACGCGGAACGUCUCCAUCGAAUACGCUCAAGAGAAUUAAAAAUUAG